GCCCUGGCAACACUGGUGACAGGACUGACAGUUCUCGUUGCUUAUGUUCACAAAGUUUAUUCUCUGCCUGUGGUAAAUGUGGUUUUUUGAAUACUUUUUGUUGUAAUAAAAAGCAUUUCUUUGCGAAAUUAUUUUUAUUAAAACGUUCAAGUCAUGUUUUAAAAAUUUACUUCAGAUUUAGUGCACGGAAUAGUGAUUUGUUAGUAUUGAUAUAAUAGCAAUCAAAAUGUGUGGUGGAUUCACUUGUUCUAAGAACGCAUUAAUUGCGUUAAAUAUCCUUUAUGUGGUGGUUGCAAGUAUUCUCAUUACAGUGGCAGUGUAUGGACAGGCUUCAUCCCUGGUAUCGAACCUUCCAAUUUUGGGGGGGAUACUCGCAUGUGGGGUUUUUCUUAUCCUGAUCUCAUUGUUGGGAUUGGCUGGGGCAGUUAAACAUCAUCAAGUUAUGCUGUUCUUUUACAUGGUGAUCUUGUUCCUCUUAUUCUUGGUCCAGUUCUCAGUGGCUUGCGCUUGCCUUGCGGUUAAUUCUGACCAACAAGAAAUGCUGGCACAACAGGGUUGGAAUGAAAUGGAUACUGAUGUAAGACAGCAAGUACAAGAUCGGUACCAGUGCUGUGGUUUCCAGAAUACUCUGAACAAUACUAAUGCUGACCAUCCCUCUUGUGAUGUUAUAAAUGCUAGCUGCUGUAAGGAUUCAAAUGUACCAAAUUGUCAAUGUGAACCGUGCAUGGAAAAAUUAAAAGAAACUAUUGACUAUGCGUUUAAACUAUGUGGCGGCAUCGGAUUAUUUUUCAGCUUCACAGAGCUAUUUGCGGUGUGGCUCGCUCGUCGUUACAGAAACCAGCCGGACCCAAACUACAAGGAGCCACAUGCUAUCUUCCCAAGACAAAAUUAUCUUUAUUAAUAUUAUAAAUAUCCUUACGCAUUUAACAAAGGUAAAGUUUAUUAGUUCAUGCAUAUAAAAACUGUUAAAAAAAAAGUUAAUUUUGUUAAAUUUAUCAACUUUUGUCCAGUUUCUGAACCGAUACUUAUCUUUUUAUUAGCUUGGAAUCAGAGUAAGGAAAAGAAAAUCGAAUUACUAAGCUAUCAAACUGAUAACUCAAUACAUGAUAAAACAUAAUCUUGAUGCUAACAAGGGACUUCAGAAAUUGGACAUUUAAUUGGCUUGUCGAAUUUAUUUAAAAUAAUCAAAUAACAAUAAAAUGUGUAACGAUAAAAUGUGACAGAACUAAUGUGUUGUUCACAUGAAUAUCUUAGGGUGUGAAUUUUUGAUUUUUUAUGCAAAUUAAUUUAUUAAUACGUUAACUGCGGCGUAUACAUUUGCGUUUUAUUCGCCGUAUAUUCUUACCGCGUAUUUUUACACACAUGUUGUAUGCCGCUGGCUCUUGCUGUACAAGUACAGAAAAUAAGCCUGAUGUGCUAGCAGUAAUUAUAAAAAAGUUAUUUUACUUGUGCUGCAAUCAACGCAUUAAUAAAGUAAGCCGAGCGAAACAGAUUUUUGCACAGGCGUGAAGUGUAUGUGUGCGUCUGUACACGAGUUUUAAUCGUUGCGUCGGCAUCACAGGUCGCAAAUAUUUUGACAUGAUAGUGCGAUGUGAAUUCAUGCAGGUGUUAAUAAUAGUAACACACGUGUGUGUUUUAUCGUCAAAUAUUAGUGAGGUGUUGGCAGAAUUAGCUUAAACUUAUUUGACAGAGAGGCUUCACAUGAAAAUAUUGAAAUCUGUAUGUGACACAGGUACAUAUUGUAAGAAAUAUUUUUCCUUCAAGAAAAUAGCAUUACCUACAUAAUACCUGAAUCAAUAGAAUGUCGAUAUACUUACUCACUUGUGCAUAUCUUUUGUUAUGCGCCUGAUAGUUAUGUACCAUUUAAAAAAAAUAUUUUUUUCGAAAAUCUUUUUUUAUGCUCACUCUUAAGUUACAUUGUAAGUAUAAAAAUAUGUAUACCAGUGCGAAAUUUCACACUACAAGAGACCGGUUUAAGCUGUGUUGUUAGGCAGUGUCAGGCGAGAGAUUUUUUAUGAGGUACCAAAUAAGAGGUUAUGAAUUCAUCGCAGAAAAUCCAUUUUUUAUUCUGCAACCGCAUUUUGUCUUGGUGUCAAAAUAAGGAAUACGCAUGUGAUUCAAAAGACAAAAAUAUCUGUUGGUAAUCUUUAUCGUUAUUAUCGACAUUGAAUUAUAUUAUUAUUGUUUUUAUUUUAACUAAUAAAGAUUUAAAAAAGUGUAAAAUAGAAUAUGUUAUCACAGAUUACGAUAUCACAGAAGGCGCGCCAAGUGGCGUCGUUAAUAAUUACUAUUGUGGUCAAAUUUGUCAUCAGCCUUAUAUAUUUUCAGUGACAAUUUGUUGUUUGCAUUUAUGUAUUUUACAUUUUUUUAUUAUAAACGAAAAUGUAACCGAUUAAGUGAUUCGCAAGUUAUAUACACCUACUUAAAUAAAAAACAUUCAUAUAAGUACCCUAUGUAAUCUUAUGUUUUGUUAUAAUUUGCGCUAUUAUCCUAAGAUCUGUAUAUUGUUGGAAUUGAUCGAAUUAAACCGAAACGUAUUAUAUUCUGAUAUUGAUGUCUCGAAAUCCAUUUUAUUCAUAAAACUGUUUAUUUCUUACAUUCUAUGGCGACUAACCGCGUGGAUUUAAAUAAGUAAUUUACGAUGAACAAAAAAAAAAUAAUUUGUUUUGGUAGGUGCGGAAAACCCCGCAAAUAUGAGGAGUAUAUUAUAGAAAAAUAUGUCUAAAAUUCUUUGCCACAAGUUAUUGUUUAGGGCGAUUAUGAUAAUCUUGGGAAGACGAAGGUGUUUCUACAGCGACCUUAGAGAGGGAAAUGUUUGCAAACCAUUGGAGAUAAAUAGCAAAAACUUAUUAGAUACUAAUAGAUAACAGUUUAAGCGCCUGUAUUAUAUUCUUUUAUCGGGUUAAUUUAUUCUAUUAUUUUUACAAAAUGUCGUACGUAGUGCCGCUGCGGAAUCAGAUAAAGCAGGAACAACGUAUAUUAUGGCGUCAUAGCCCUAGGAUACACUCGUGCGAAGUAGAAAUUUAGAUAUUUUUAUUGCUGGCAUAGUUCUUCACGAAGGUAUUUAAAAUAUUGAUUGAGUGCAACUGCAGUCUACUUUGGGUUUCUGUUUUAAGAUACUUUUCAUAUAUCUCCAUGGUUUCUGAUUUGCUCUUAUUAUAUCCCAGUCAAAAUAUAAUAUUUAAACCCAUAUUAUUUUAGAAAUUGAAAUGUCACAAUUAUUAUACAUUAUAUAUUAAUAUGUAAGUUGUGGAGUAAAGAAUAUUUUUGCUUUUAGCUGAGUUGAGUGAGAUUGGCUUUCGCUCUUUUAUGGUUAAUAAUAUCAAACCGAUUUAUACACCACUGUUUUAAACAAUAUGUGACAUAUAAUAUUCCUAGUAGCCUAUUAUAGCCGUUGAAGUAAAUUAAUAAGUAUAAAUUGGAUAUGACUUCAAUAAUCUUCAUCUACUUUUUUAAUAUCAUUAUCUUGAGUACAGGCUUACAUUCUAUAGUACAUAAUAUUUUUCGUGUUAGUGUAAGUUUUAGGAACAGCAUGUCUCCUAGUCAGUAGUCUAAUUUUAUUUUAUUAUUGAUUUCUUUCAAAUUUGGAAAAGACAGCAUAUAGUUUUUGAUAUAAACUAUGUGUGGACUGAAUUAAGUACGUAUACAGAGAUAUAAUAUAGUGGGUGUGAAAGUUUCUAUGUAAGAAUACUGUGACGCAACUCUACAUGCUCUUGAUUUGCUUCUGUGUUUAUAACAUAUAACGUCAUAUGAAAAUGUUUUUAAUGUUAUAAUAAGUAAAAUGUGAAUUUAACUUACGAAUACCGUGAUUUAAGUACUACAACGUUUAUAUCAAAAUAGAUAAGCCACAUUUAUAUUAUGUGUGUGUUUCUAUGUAACUGGGGCUCGGUUGUUUGAAAACAUAACUAUUAUAUUUUGUAAACGUUACAACGGUGUAACAAAUGACGACAUUCUACGAUGUACCAUGAUUCAUAUAUUAUUGUUUGUUUUGUAGAUCAAUAUUGUCUGUUACAAUAUAACCGUCACGUUAUCCUAUCAUAAAAUCUUGUACGUUCUAAAGUGUGAAAUAGAAUGACCAGAAAGUAUGUAUAAGGUAGAAAUCUCACUAUACCAUGUGCAAAAAAUCUCGUUUGACAAGAAUUAACGUGAACCGUAUCAGAAUUGCAGAACGAGAUAAUUAUUUAGCGUAGUUUCGCUGUUUCUCUUUUUUGUACUUGACAGCUGCAUCAUUAUGCACAGUCAAAACAAAGGUAAUUUUCAAACAAUCAACCCUAAAACUCAUUUUCCUUCCAUGUACGAUUUGGUCUUCAGUGUCUAUGAAGCUUUAAUUAGUUGCUAGCCGGGUCGAUCCCGACUUUAUAAAUCAUUUGCUUUUAUAUUGUACUAAUAGUAAUUUUGACUUUGCCUGUGUAAUGCUGAUAGCGAUAUCGAUGUUCGCUAAAAUGUAAAGGCAAAAAAAUAAUUUUAAACAAUCACAUUUAUGAUUGUUUGAUGCAAUCCUUCUGACACCAUAGUAGCAUAUUUUUCUAUCUGGGACCUGUUAUGUUAUCAUAAUACUGAUUGUAUAAAUUUCUUUGAAAUAAAGUGUUCAAGCAUA